UUUUUGGUGGGAGAGUCAUUAUCUAGAUCAUAAAAAAAUUAUGAACAUAGCAUCACGAUUUUAAGGGUUGCUAAUGAGGUUAUAAAUUUUCCGAAGUUAACAAUUAAUAAUAAAUUAACAUGGAGAUGAAAAUGAACUGUUUUCUACCAAGCUCAACUUUACUCCCAGCCUGGGACUACCUGCUGAUGCUACAAUGCUUGGAAACAACUUAUUGCUCUUGCUCUUCUGCUGAAGACAGCCUACAGAAUAUCAAUCAUAAUGGGAACAAUGGAAAGAAGAGUCCUCAGAAGCUCGAAACUCCAAGGUCGUCGAGUAGUAUAAAAGCUUAUGAGAAAGAACAAGAUUCAGAAUGGGCCCUAAAGGCGAAAGCAGUCAGAAUUCCAAACUCCUUGUUGGAUAGCCAUGUAUCUUACAUCGAAAAAGAUAUUCCUGAACAACAAGAGAAAGUCAAGAGUGCCAAAAUUAUUUCAAAGAGAAGAAGCCGCUCAACAAAGCUUGACAUCCGAAAAAGGCUUAUUAGAUUAAAAAAGCGUAUCUUGGCUAAGAAUAUCUUGGAAUUCUCCCAUAGUGUUAGAAAGACUAGAGGAGCAUCUGAUAAGUAUCUUGGAAGAAGGUCUCAGUAUAUUGGAGUGACCAAGAACACCACAAAUUGGCAAGCCCUCAUCAACGUUAAGGGUGCCAAGAAGUACAUCGGCACUUUCGUGCACGAAGUUGAAGCAGCGAAGGCUUAUGACCUAUACUCAGUGGCAAUGAAGGGUAAGAAAGCUUCUUGAAACUUCACCUACACAGGGAAAGAAAUGACAAAGAUGAUAUCCUAUUUCCUCACUCAUGGCUCCAUAAAACCUUUAGAGUAAGGAAUGUUCCCAUAGCUAAGUUCUAUAAUUUUGAAGUCAUCUUUAAGGGUUUGGAGCAUGAAAUGAUGGGACACGAAGUUUAGUAUGGUACAAAAAAUCGUU